AUGAUCUACAAAAGAUUUGGUGCAAGAAAGUUUUUUUUAAAUUUUCAACAUCUUUGUGUCUUUCUUUUUGCCCCUUCAUCUCUCUCUCAUUUUACUUUCAUUCCUUCUUUAAUUCUUUCUUUCUUUCUUUCUUCCUUCAUUCCUUCUUUUUUCUUUCCUUCUUUCUUUUUUCUUUCUUUCUUUCAUUCCUUCUUUCUCUCUUUCCUUCCUUCAUUCUUUCUUUCCUUCUUUCUUUCCUUCAUUCUUUCUUUCUUUCUUUCCUUCAUUAUUUCUAAAAUGAAUAAUAUAUAUAUAUAUUAUUUUAGGAUACAUAUUUCUUUCUUUCUUUUUCUUUCUUUCUUUCUUUCUUUCUUGUCUUCUUUCUUUCCGUCUUUCUUUCUUUCUUUCUUCCUUCAUUCCUUCUUUCUUUCCUUCAUUAUUUCUUUCUCUCCAUCUUUCUUCAUUUUUUCGGACUUUCUUUCCUUCUUUCUUCGCUUCCUUCAUUCUUUCUUUCUUUCCUUAAUUCCCUCUUUCUUUUCCUUCAUUCUUUCUUUCUUUCCUUCAUUCCCUCUUUCUUUUCUUUCAUUCUUUCUUUCUUUCUUGCCCCAAUCAAAAACAUUGCUUCAACUCCAUCCGUUUUCCCGGAUCCUCUCCGCGACACUCCAUGAUCAAUUUACUGACGGUGAUCAUCAAAGAAUGUUCAGGAUUAUUGAUUAUUUACCGCCAGUCGUUGUCCACCUCAGAAGUCGUCGGGCUGUCUUGUUUUCCCUCUUUGUCUCCGACUUUCUUUUUUCUUUCUUUCUUUCUUUCUUUCUUUCUUUCUUUCUUUCUUUCUUUCUUUCUUUCUUUCUUGUUCGUUUUUAG